AUGAUCAGUGAUGACAGAUCUAUGUUAAACAUGGUUUAUACAUCGAGACUAUAUUUUGAACAAUAAAAAAUAACAAUAAAAAAAAAAAGAAAUAUAUAAUUAUUUAUAAUUAUAAGUUAAGUUAACAAAAUAAAUUUUAUACUUAAAAGAAUAUAAAAAUAUAUAAUUGAAAAUUUUUAGUAAAUAAUAUUAUUUUGUAUCUUAUAUAAUGAAUAUCUUGUACUAAUUAUUCUUUAAAAAUUAUAUAAAAUUUGAAUAAUAAAAUGAAUACAAAAAUGACAAAGAAAGAAAUUAUACAAGCUGUAGUACUUGCAGAUGAUUUUUUAACAAAUUUAACACCAGUACAAAAUAUAUUUCCAAGAAUAUUGAUGCCCAUAAUAAAUAUUCCACUUUUAGAUUAUUUAGUGGAAACUCUUAUUAAAUCUAGAGUACAAGAAUUAUUUCUUUAUUGCAGUAAAUAUGUGGAUUUAAUAAAAAAAUAUAUCAAACAUAAAAAUUGGUCAAAAAUAUCAAUUUCUUUAAUUGUAUCAGAUGUUUGUACUUCUCUUGGAGAUGCUCUUAGAGACAUUGAUACAAAAGGUUCAAUACGUAAUCAUUUUAUACUUAUAAGAGGAGAUGCAUUUAUUAAUGCCAAUCUUACAAAUCUCUUAAUAAAUCAUUGUACAAAACUAAACGAAGAUAAAGGUGCAACAAUGACUAUGGUGCUAAGAAAUAUUGGUUCUACAAAUCAAUCUUUUUUAAAGCAGGAAACAUGUUUAAUAGUUUCUGAUAAAAGCAGUAAAAAAAUUUUACAUUAUAGUAAACUAAGAAAUGAUGAAAAAAAAAUAAAAUUAGAAUUAAAUUGGUUUUUGAAUCAUAGUGAAAUUGAAAUUAACACUUGUUUUUUGGAUACUCAUGUUUAUUUAUGUUCUCCAUCUGUACUUCCAUUAUUUUCUGAUAAUUUUGACUUUCAAACAAUGGAAGAUUUCAUUCGAGGAGUAUUGAUAAAUGAAGAAAUUUUGAACUCUCGAAUUUAUUGGCAACAAUUAAAUCCUAAAGACUAUAGUUUGCCAAUUGUAUCAUGGAAUGCAUAUCAUAUUUUGAACAGAGAUAUUUUGAACAGACAUAGUUUUCCACUUACACCAAAUGCUAUUCCAUUUUUAAAAGAUUUUAUUUAUAUGCCAAGAUGCACAUAUAAACAUAGAAGUGCAACUCUUGCUAAAGGUUGUAUAUUAGAAAAAGAUAGCAUAUUAUGCCAAAAUAGUAUACUUGGAAAUGAUACUUUUGUUACAAGAUCAAUUAUUGGAAAUAAUUGUUUAGUAGGAUCUAAUGUAACAAUUAAGAAUUCUUAUAUUUUAUUAAAUAAUAAAAUUGAAGAUAAUUGUUAUAUUACAAACAGUAUAGUAUUUUCAGAUUGUAUUAUUAAACAAAAUGCACAAAUAAAUGGAUGUAUAAUAUGUCCUAAAACAAUUAUUGAUACUCAAAUAGAAUAUAUUGAUUCUAUUAUAGAAUUAAAGAAUAAUAAAAUUUCUAUAAAAAAAAUAUCAGAAAUUAAUAAAGAUAAUGAAUUUCAAUUUUUCAAGAAUUGUGAUAUGAUAGAAUGUGAUAAUUAUUCUACAGAUACAUCAAGUAUUGAUGAAGCUUCUGAAUGUAAUUCACCAAUUCCAGAUGAUACAAAUAUGUUCUUAUCUGAAGUUAUUGAUAGUUUACUACGAGGUUUUCAAGAUAAACUUAACUGUGAUAAUUUAAUUUUAGAAAUAAAUUCAUCAAGAUAUGCAUACAAUAUUACCAUGAGCGAAGUAACAUAUAAUGUUAUUAAAGCUAUAUUAAGUUUGCCUUUUCAUUAUCUAUCAGAAAAGAAAGAAACUACAACUAAUCAAAAUUAUCAAAGAAAUUUAAAAAUUAUGGUAACAUAUUUUUAUCCAAUUAUCUCAAAUUAUAUUAAAACAGAAGAUGCGCAAGAUGAUUGUUUACAUGCAAUAGAGGAGAUAGCAAGUACAACUCAAGAAUUAUUACCAUUUUUACAACAUUUGUUGCAUAUGCUUUAUGAUAAAGAUAUAUUAUCAGAAGAAAAAAUUUUAGAAUGGUAUGAAUCUGAUGAUAAAGAUAUUGAUUCUUUUGAAUUUCAAAAAAAUAAAGUGAGAACUGCAAUAAAACCAUUUAUUAAAUGGUUGAAAGAAGCUGAAGAAGAUUCUAGUGAAACUGAAAAUGAUUAAAUAUAUAUUAAAUUUAUAAU